AUGGUGCCCCGCAAGAUGCUCAAGCUGCACCUCAUUCCCAACUCAGCUAAAGGCCGAAAUAUUGGGAUACCUAUGUCUUCUUCAAGACUUCGCCGCAAAGCAACUAGAGACAUCCUUCUUCAUUCGAUUGGGGCCGCCAGCCUUCCAACUAAGAGGGCGACUCCAGAUCUCCCUUCGGUUUCGCUUUUCCUCAUGGUCGGAAAGUUGCCAAAUUUCUUGUGUAAAAUGUCCAACUCGCCCGUUCCCCGACCGGAAGCGAGCCCCCAGAACGGCAAGGGACUGAAAGAUAUUCUCCUCGUAUUGCAUGUGGUUGAGUACUGGAUUACGGUCUGCACGCAUCUGGCAAUGGCCUGCCUAUCUUGGUGA